AUGGUGGAGCUCUCAGAGCCCAGCUCAGCCCAGGUGGGGACGAGGAAGAGGCUCCACUCGCAGGCUCACAUGGAGGAGAAGAAAGAGAAGGAUGGAGAGGAGGACAAGGAGAGUCCGGACGAGGCCCGGUCACCACCGGACGGGCAGAAGGGCAGGGCACGGCAGCUCUGGCGCAUGCUCCAGAAGGGCUUCCGGCAUGCAGUGGAAAAGAUGAAGACGGAGGAGAUGAAGGUGGCCUACCUGAGCCACGGUCUGCAGCACCUGAGCCACCUGGUCCUAGACAGCCCUGUGCGGUACGUGACCCACGACCCUCUCAGGGGGCUCUUCAUGGCCCUCGACUCGGAGAACAAGCUGCACUUCCUGCGGGAAGAUGGCUCCUACAAGGGCUCUGCCCGGACCCCCGUUCCCAUGAUGGGGCUCCUGUAUGCUACGGAGGUGGACCAGUUUGUGUCCUGGGACGCAGGGGGGAUGCAUGUGCUGGACGCCCGGCUUCAGCCACUCUCGCAGGUGCCCUCCGCCUGGCCAAUCCACUGUGGCCUCUACUGCCAGGAGCUGAACCGCAUUGUGAUGGCCGGUGAGAGGAACCUAACCCUCUGGGACUUCCGCUACGGCCACCGCAGCCUCCACUGCUGCCGCUCCGUCGACCUGGGCUCCGAGGACACCAUCACCCACCUGGUCUUGGAUGCCACCAGCGCAAAGGCCCCACGCUGCUUUGUCUCCUACAGCACUGGAGUGGCGGCCUUCGACAUCUCCAAGGGGAGGCUCUUGUCCUCCAAGAGGAACCUUCACAGCAGGGCGAUCACAGGUAUCACCUACUGCGAUGUGACCGGGUGCAUCGCGACAGCCUCCCGGGACACCACCAUCAAGGUCUGGGACGAUAACUGGCACAUCCAGACGAUCUUUGUGGGCCACACUGCUCCGGUCAUUGCAGUGACCUUCUAUCCAGAGCGUCCGCUCAUCUUCUCUGCCUCCCAAGAUGGGACCAUCCGCACCUGGAACCUGAGUACCACUGACCAGGUGGACCAGGUGCACACCUCAGAGCCUGUGGAGACCCUGGAGACCCUAAGUGUCUCGCGGGUGGCCUCGCGCUCCGGCCGCCUCCUCAACCUCUGGAAGAUCAACCAGCUCUACUCGCUCUAUACACCGUUGGGGUCUCCCCUCAGGCGCCUGACCUGCGUCAACCUGGAGGCCGUGGGGGACUUCCCGACCCGCGCCAUCUGCAUCUGCCAGGACUCCUCCGUGCGGCUGGUGGACGUCCAGAGCGGUCUGGUCCUCUCCUCCUUCACCGUGGAGCCCCCCUUCCGGGCCAAGGAGGCCGCCUACUGCUUGCCGCGGGAGACCCUCUUUGUGCUGACCGAACAGGGCCCACUGCUGCGCAUCAACACGGCCACCGACCCUAUGGUCCUGAAGAAGAACAUCCCCAACCAAGAUCCCCAGUCCAAGCCCUGCUGCCUCCUGCUCUACAGCCACAUUGUGGACCCCGGGACCGUCUUUGCCACCUGGCUGCAGGUGAAGGAGGACAAGAACUACCGGAAGCAGUGGCUGAAGCAGCCCCUCAGGCUCCAGGACAAGAACAGGUUCCUCCCCAUCACAGGGCACCAGGAUGGGCUCCUGAGUGUGUUGGAGUGGUUUUCAGGACGGAUCCAGUGCCAGGUGAAAGCCCACAGCCCCAAAGCGGUCACGGCUUUGGCUGAAUAUCCCACCCAGACGUGUGUCAUUUCAGCUGGGAACGACCGGACGGUGAAGAUGUGGCGGCUAUUCCCUUACACGGAGGAGUGCCUGGUCCCCCUCCUCAGCUUCUCCUGCGGUGCCCCGGCCACCCACAUGUGCUCCUUUGGCCCCACGCUGGCGGUGGCCUUCCAGGACCCCCAGACCGUGACCCAUCGCAUUGUCUACUACAACCUGAUGGAACAGAGUCGCUUGGAGCACGGACCCGAGGAGGAUGCCCAGGACGACAUCACAGGUCUCUGCUACUGUCCUAACCUGAGGCUCUUUGCCUCAUCCAGUCGGGAUGGAUCCGUGAAGAUCUGGAACAUGAAGAAUCAAAUGCUGAGGCAGCUGAAGCUGAACACCAUCCCGGAAGGCCUGGCCUUCGCCAACCAUUGGGGGGAUUUGCUGGUGGGCAUCGAGCGGCACCUCUACCUCAUCCACCACAGCAAGUACCUGCCCAACUACUACAAGAUGAAGCUGCUGUGUGCAAAGUUCCUUGAGCCACUCCAGGACGCCUCCCUCCCGCUCAGCGACGCCUGCUUCCAGACCCUGGUCCAGGAGAACACCCGGCGGCUAUUGCAUGAACCACCCUUGGAGGAGUCUGAGUCUCCGCUGCCUGGAGCUCACCGGCCGGUGACCAGGCAAGAGUCGAAGGUGACCAUAGGGAUCCCAGCCAGGAGACAGGGCUCUAGGCAGCUGGCCACGAGGGACCAGGACCUGGAGCGGCUCCAGAGCGGGAGAGCCAGCCCGGCCAAGAAGGUGCGCGUCACCAAGGAGAUGAAGGACGAGGCCUUUGAGCAAUACCUGAAGAUUUUCUACAAGGAGCCGUUCAAGGUGGAGAUACCAGAGGAGGACACGUUCAAUGCUGAUGAGGUGCUGGAAGCCAUGAGCUACGUGACCUCCAUAUCUGAUCUCUAUGGGCCUGACAACAUGUUUCUGGGGUGCUUCCCUCGUCCUGAGGUUCUGAAAACAGUUGGACAGAUAUCAAUGGAAGAACCAUUGGUUGUCCCUGAAACCCAAGAAGGAAGGCCCAGUUUGGCUCCCAGAGCCCUGAAGGACGAGAAGGAGGGAAGACCUUCCCAAGCAGACCCUUCCCACACAGCCCCUUCCCACGCAGCCCCUUCCCAAGGAGCCCCUUCUCGAAUCUCCUCUUCCCAAGGAGCCCCACAGAUCCUGUUAAGUGACACCACUGUGUCAAGGACAGAGUCAACCUUCGAAGCCAGAGAAGCCAAAGCAAGGGAGCAGGUGGACAUCAUGAUGAAGGAGAUGUUCUACAAAGAGAAGGACCUCCUGCCGCUCCUCCAUGACUCUACUAUGAAGAGCCCCCCGCCUUUCAAAGCACAGAAGAAGGCGACUCCGGUGGACCCAAGGGCUGUCGCUCAAGGCCUUUUGAUCACCACCAAGGACUCCAAGGAAGGGAUGACCAAGCCUCUCAGGACGAAGUAUGAAAGCCACUUAGAUGUGAUUACAGAAUCCAAACCCAAGCCUCCGGUGCCUCCAGAGCCUCCAGUGCCUCCGGUGCCUCCAGUGCCUUUGGUGCCUCCAGUGACUCCGGUCUCUGAGCCUUCAGCAUCACCUGUGCCUCGCAGUCCGUCCACGAAGAGCGGGAAGAUCAUUGUCUUCAAGGAGCCAUCAAGCAUUGCCUUCAAGGAGCCACAGUCAACGGCUAUUGCCAGUCGAGAGAAGCAACGGUCGUUUUCGCCAGUCGGGAGUACUGUGUCCCCACAGCGCAGUGGCAGCCGGUCCCCUUCGCGCAUGAAGAGCCACUCCUCCGAAAUCAUUAAGGGCUUCUUCCCAGAGAGACCAUCCUCGAGCGCGCAGUGGAAGGACAUGCCGCUGCCCGUGAAGAGUCAUCAGAGCAUGCCGCUACCCAGGAUUGCCUCUGGGUUCGUGCCCAAUUCAGUGGUUUCCCAGCAGCUCCACAGCCAGGAAGAGCUGGAGGCGAUGAGGAGGAGAAGGGAGGAAGAGGAGGAAGACGAGGAGAGGAUUAUGGAGAUCACAGGGCCCAUGGAGGAGGGCCCCUUGGAUAGAAGCUUCUUCUGGUCACCUCCUGAGGUCACUUCACCCCCGGUAGAACCUGAAGAACCACCAGUGCAGCCCCCCACACCAAAGUCCCUCAGCUUCAAAGAGAAGGCCCCUGCUGUUUUCCUGACGCAGCUGGAUGAAUCCCAAUACAAAGACAGGCGGAAAGAGCCGCCGUUCUUUAUUCAGCCGUUUUUGGAGCACGAGUGGUUCAAGGCACUUUUCCCAGAGGGCUUCCCUCCCGAUAUGACCGUCAAUGAGUUCUUGACCAUCCUGCUGAGCAGCCUGGUCAAGGUGGACUUUGGGACGAAGGCAGCCUUGGUGGGUGCCAUUGCCAGGCUGAGGGAGACACUGCAGGACCAGAUGAAGGAUGUCAUCUACAAAACGGUCCUCUAUGUCCUGAACAAGGGGGAGGAGGAUCCCUCCGCCAUGGACCGGGACCAGAGGAAGUUCAUCCUGUCUGCGCUGCGGAUGCUGCUGAACCUGGACAAGGACAAGGAGGAGCUGAUGGUGGAGCUCAUGACCUAUUAUGUCAUCUCCCCUCCGGCCUUCAGGGUCGCUGUGAAGGACCUGAUCCAGGACGUGGGGGUCCAGGACCCUCACAACUACUUCUUCAAGGAGAUGGAGUCCUGGCCGGUGAAAGAGGGCGACACCAGGGCGUCUGUGCGGAGGAUGAGCGGCCAAUGGUUGACGGCACGGAUGCAGGAGCUCAAGGACCACCGGAAUUCCCUCUUGAAGCAAGAGGCUCUGCUCGAAUGGGGGUCUUCCUCGGAGCUCUUCGAGGAGAGCACCCAGCAGCCAAGCAGAGGAAAGAUCAUCCUGAUCUUUUCCUUCACCUCUUACUCACUUCUCUUCACCUGCUCCAUCACUAUUGAAAUUAAUCCUGAAUGUGAUUCAUUGCGUCACAGAGGACUGUUACUCUCUCUGACCCAGGUGGACCUCCAAGAGUGGCCAGAGAGGAUGUUCUCCCCCGAGAUCUACGAAGAGGAGGAGGAAGAGGAGGAGGAGGAGGAGGAGGAGAGUGAUGGAGUCACGGACCAAGCGGAAGAGUCAGAGACGGAACAGGAAGUCUCUGAAAGCUAUGAAAAGGUUGAGAUGAGCGAUGACGCAAUCGAGAAGAAGCCGCCAAGGAAGAGACGCCCCUCUGAGAGAGAGAAGACAGCCAAACGGGCCGCGCUCCAGUGGGCGCAGACGGUGCGCCCCGUGGACGCCAUCCACUAUUUCAUGGAGAAGGAGCUGGAGAAGGAGCUGGCGGCCCUGAAGACCCUCUUUGCCCCUCUUCCCUCCGAAGAAUCCAGCCCCAAGAACACUGUUGUGGCCUUGCCCUCCGUCCACAAUUGCGAAGGGGUCGCAAACCCCACAGCGGCUUCAGACCCCAGAGAUCUUUUCUCCCUCAAGGAGGAGAGGUCGGAGGGUUUGAGCUGCACGGGGAAGCGAGCCACCCCACAGGGAUCGAGCCGCGAGGCUCGUGUAACCGCCGCCAAUCCAUUUAAGAAUAAAGAAGAAGAGAAAGAAGAAAUCCCGACGGGAGAAAUAAGAAAAACCCACCCUCAGGAAACGCGCCAUCCUGCGACUGGGAGAAACCAAUGCGAUGCUGAGGAAAAGGAUGCCUGA